CCGACUUCAAAGGUAGUGGUGAACACACGCUUAGGCGAAAAUCACUAGGCGAGUACUGAAAUCAGCAGCGCUUAGUCAGUUCGUUUGAGAUCUCCAAAAUCAAAUUAUAAACCCAUAAUCAUGCAGUCUAUGAUUAUUCUUGCCGCUACCCUUUGCCUCGCGCAAGCAUCUUACUACGCAGGCGCCCCAGCCCAUAUUCAACUCAGCCACGAUGGCAAAUAUGUGCUCGACACACCUGAAGUAGCACACGCCAAGGCCGCCCACCUGGCCGCACACGCUCAAGCCUCCUCCGCUCACGGUGCUUGGGCCCCAGCUGGUCACGCUUACAUCUCUGGACCCGCUUACGGCGCCGGCGCCCACUACGGAGCCCCUGGUGCUGGUCUCCACAAAUACGGCCCCGCUCCCCUCGCCCACGACGGUCGCGUGAUUGACACCCCCGAGGUCGCUCACCUGAAGGCCGCCCACAUCGCUGCUCUCUCCGCUGAAGCCGCUAAGACCGCUCACGGUGGCUACGCCGGUUCUUACGCUGGAUUGGGUGCUGGAUUGGGCGCUGGUUACGGAGCCGGAUACGGAGCCGGUCACGGUGCAGGCUACGCUGGUGGUUACGGAAAGUGGACCGGCCCUCAGGCCCACAUCCAACUGACCCACGACGGCCAAUACGUAGUAGACACCCCUGAGGUCCAACACGCACGCGCUGCUCACUUACACCAGUACGCCGCCGCCGCCCACGCCGCCGCCUCCGCCCCCGAAGAUCACUGGGAGGGUUCCUACGGCAGCCACGGAGCCCACGGCUGGAACUAAAUUCUACCUCUCAAUCGGCCCACUCACUGCCUAAUGAUAUUUUUAUACAAAAUCCUGACGAAAAACCAAAAAAAAUGUGUUAACUGUAUAAAGUUGAAUGACCUGUGUAUAGCGAUGCUAGAGCGAAUUUAAACUUAAAAUAAUAAAAAUCGUAUAAUGUUA